CUAGUCCACCACUCAUAUGCUGACCUGCAGCUGACCAACUUUUUCAGUCAGCGAGAGAUUCAUUUGUUCAAUCAUUAAUUUGCACAUUUGUUAUGACAUAAAAUACCGCGGAAAUUGUAUCUCUCUCGUUAGAAUCUAUAUUCUUGCCGUGUUGCCGUGAUCAACCUUGAUAGUAACCGACAGUGUUCACAGUGUAAUAUGUUGCUGCGACGGAUUCGCCUGCCUUGGUUUUCUGCGUUGAGGGCUCAGGUGACAAUACCGGCUCGAUUGCAACGUUCGUGUGAAACUCUGAGCGGUAAACGAUGGCAGCACACAACUCCUCACCAAAGCCCUUGCUCCUGGAAAGCCAGAGAAGACUGUUUAGAGCUUAAAUAUGGUGGACUAGUCAUGCAGUUUGACUACAUGUGGCUGAGGGACCACUGUCGCUCUGCGUCGUGUUACAACAGCAAGACCAAUCAGCGCAGCCUGGACACGGCCAGCAUUGACCUCAGUAUACGUCCAGACCAGACGAGGGUUGAUGAUGAGAAUCUUUUCUUGACAUGGCCAGACGGUCACAUUACACAAUAUAAACUGGACUGGCUAGUGCAGAACAGCUAUGAGGGUCAGAAACGUAGUGCCAUGCAGCCACGUAACCUAUGGAAUGCCAGCAGCUACACUGGUGCCGAGGCACGCUCCGCCAGAUGGGAGAAGUUCAUGAGCUGUGACCAGGAGCUGAAGCUGUUCCUCAACAACUUCUUGCUCUACGGCAUUGCUUUUGUGGAGGAUGUGCCAGCGACGGUUGAAGCCACAGAACUGGCGACAAAGAGAGUCAGUCUCAUUAGGGAGACCAUGUAUGGAAGGAUGUGGAGUUUUACCUCUGACUAUUCCCGAGGAGACACAGCCUAUACCAAACUGGCAUUAGACCGCCACACUGACACUGCAUAUUUUCAGGAGCCCUGUGGGAUCCAAGUGUUCCACUGUCUUAGACACGAGGGUACUGGUGGCAGGACACUGCUUGUGGAUGGCUUUCAUGCGGCACACCAAGUUCUUCAGAAGUCACCUGAGCACUUUGAGAUCCUCUCACAGGUGCCCAUAAAGCACGAGUACAUAGAGAGUCUCAGCGAUCACAGCAACCACAUGAUUGGUAUUGGCCCUGUACUGAACGUUUACCCAUGGAACAAUGAAGUCUACAUGAUUCGUUAUAAUAAUUAUGACCGGGCCGUGAUCAACACAGUCUCACAAGAUGUGGUUCAGCGUUGGUACAGGGCGCAUCGUGCGUUGACCUCAGAGCUAAGAAAUCCAGAAAAUGAGCUAUGGGUGAAGCUGAAGCCUGGGAAGGUCAUCUUUAUUGACAACUGGCGGGUCCUGCAUGGGAGAGAGUCGUUCACGGGCCUGAGGCAGCUGUGCGGGUGCUACCUGACCCGUGAUGAUGUCCUCAACACGGCACGAUCUCUGGGGCUCCAGGCAUGAAGACCUUAGGCUCUCCUCUCCAAACCUGAUCAACUCCAAUAGAUACAGAUAGAUGGAAAGACCAACCAUACCGCGUUCUACCUAUGAAAUCAAAUGGCUUUGGGCACAAUGCACUUUGGGAGAGAAAAAAAGCUGGAAAAAGUUGAUAUAUUCAUUAUCAGUUAUUAUGGUCAGUUAACAUUAUUUACAUUAGGAAUCAAGCACUCUAGACUUUAUCAGUAUGCAUACUCAUUUAUAGGCAUAGCAUUCACAAUAUAACUAAAAUGAGUAAAAUUAAAUCUCAACUUACUACAUUUUGAUUUAUGCUGAUUGUGAUUUAAGUAAUCGCUUUGUUCACCAUAAUGAUUCAA